AUGGCUGACACCAAUGCCCUAGUCGUGUCACUCGCCACUAGGGAGAUGCAGCACCAGCACCCACUGAGCCAGAUCGCUGUGAGCGGGAUGCACCAGCUGCUGCUGAAGCAAUGGCUCAAGGAGGAGGACCUGCUCGCACGCCGUGUCGCGCAAGGAGAUCUGAACAAGGAGCCGGAGCGUGACACGGUUGCAGUUGAAGAUGACGCCCACCUCCCAGAUUUCUGCGAGUGUUGCGCUCUGCGGCACAUGUCUGGCACGGAGGUCGUCCUGGAGCAACUACCCGCGUGGGAGCAUGAGGAUGUGCUGCUCCUCGGCAAGUGUGUCACCGAGCUCAAGUGCAAGGGCUUCGAGUUCGACCUGUGA